AACAGUUUGGCGUUUGACCAGCGGUUUCUUCUUUCCUGUUAGCUCUCGCUGGCCAUGGAUGCUCGCAACAGCCCCCGUGAACGACCGCCCUUGACCCCACACAGCGCUACCAUCUCAUCCACAUGCCCCCUUCUCAAGGCGCCGUGCUACAGUCACUGCAGUACACAAACGGCCAAUGUAUCCCUCCAGCCCUGCCUCGUCGUGGAGAUGCCAGCUUCGGGAAAGAGCGACCUCGAGUUCCUCCCUCUUCGAGCACUGUAGUCUAUUUACAUCGCCGCUUCCACCCGCGCCAGUACUGCGUAAAGCAUCACGCCAAGCCUACCUACCUAGGUUGGUAUUCUCGAAAGGAACAACCUUGGAACCUUGGAAGGUCUGUUAUUUCCGUCUAGCCGCUUGGCUCGGUCGUUACAGCAGCCUCCGCCCACGACUGCAGGCACAACAGCAGCAAAAGCAACCAGACGCUCAACACUUUCGUCCUCACAUGAAACGCGCCAUCUAAAUCUCCACGGCCAGCGGCAAGCUCACUGUUGCACACGCUCCCGGCAUGAGGCCUGUCACGGUAGCC